AUGUCAACGGCAGCAUCCUCACCACCCCGCCACGCCUCUCCACCAACAUCGCUUUCCAUCGCGCCGUCCACGGCCGCCCCGACGCAGCCUCAUGCCGUCACGGCGCACGCCUCCCCCGCGCCGCUCCAGCAAACGCUUCCCUCGCAGGAAACCCAGCGCCAUGUCGCCGAGGCCCGCGCCGCCGUCGUCGCCUCCAUGGGCAACCUAAUUGACUCGGAGCUCCAGUCGCGCGCGAGCAUCCUGCACGACAACGCCGCCGCGCUGGACAAGCAGGAGCGCGACGUGGUCCGGGCGACGGAUGGCCUGCGCCGCGAGACGGAGAAGCUCGCCCGGGAGGCGGACGCGGCGGCGAGAAAGGUCAAGGAGCUGGGGAACGUGCAGAACUGGGCUGAGGUUCUGGAGAGAGGGUUUCUGGUGCUCGAGGAGACGAGCAGCGGCGGCGGCGACGACGACGACGACGACGACGACGACGACGGGGAGUAUGGCGAGGAGGGCAUGAUGGAUGUGGAUGUUGAUUUGGCGAAUAGUUUGCAUCGGGAUGGGAAUAAGGUGAGCUUGGAGGCCAAGGGGCGGGCGAGGGAAGGGUUGGCGGUGGGUGCGGAUGUUGAUAUGGCGACGACGGAGCCCGAGGCCGAGGACGGAGGGAGGAGCACCUGGUCGGACGCGAGCAGGAGCUUGAUGGAGCCGGACUCGAGUACUGGCACGGGGAUGGCCAAGGGCUCCGAGACGGCGAGCUUGUCGACGGAGUCGUAG